AGAAAUCUGAGCGCUGCACGCUCUUUGGGCAGCUUAAAAUGGUGCAGCUCGCCCCCUACGUGGCCGUCGUCAACAGCGACGACGGCGUCGAUGCGCCGCUGCCCAGUGAUGCCGCCUACGCCCACAAGCUCAGGGAGGUGACCGUCAAUGCACCAAAGCUCAAAGUUUUGGGCCUGGCGUCCGGCAGCACCACGGGCUUCGUCGCCUGCUUCAACGACGAGAAGGACCUCUUCGCGACGGAGCACGAUCUCAGGUUGAGCGAAUUCGCGCGCAGCUUCGAGGUCUGCGAGCCGACGAGCACCGAGACGCUAAAAAAAUCGAAGCGGUCGCUCGAGGAUGCGAAGGCCGUCCUUGUGAUCAACGGCCAGCUCGACGGGCCGAGCGGCAAGGAGUUCGAGGCGAUGAUCGGCGCCGAGCCGGCCUGCGAGGACUUCUCGGCGGCCUUCGCCGCGCAGCCGGGCCUCAUCUGCAAGCACAUCCUGCGCGCGCGCUGGGAGUCGCGCGACUCGAAGGACCGGGACGUCAUCGGGGGCUGCUACUUCUUCGAGAGCGUUUCGGAUGUGGAGACGUACCUGAACUCGGACUUCUGGCUCAAGUGCGAGCGGGAGACGCAGUGGAAGGAGGUCGUCGGCGAGGUGUUCGAGAUCGUCCCUUGAGGGUACUACUAAACAGAU